CGCAUACAACCUUGUAUUCAGCUUGUCACGGUGGGAAAACCUGACAAGAUAGGAGGCGGAGUUUCGCCAGUGAAAAGGGUUUUUUCCCGUUAUUUCUAGGACAACGCUCCAGUUGGCACACAUACACCGAGAUGAUGUCCGGUAGCGUAGUAUUGGUGGUAUUUGUGUGUGCUAGGGCAGUGUUAGGCAUGCCUUCUUUACGUAUAGCAGACCAUUACAAUGAUUCUGAGCCGCUGUUAAAGUUACCAGAUUUGAAACAAGAAGUGUAUUAUCAACAUAUGAAAUUACCUCUGCGUACAUUUGUCGGAGAAAAGAAAAUUGAAUAUGGCUGUUCGGCUUUUCCUCUGAAGGCAGACGAAUAUAUUGUCGAGUAUUUACCCAUCGGAGAACGAGAUGAUGUUUAUCACAUAACAGUCGAUGUAUGCGACGUCCCCUAUGAUGAAGCUCCUAUUUGGUGAGUUGUUCUGUUAUUUG